AUGAAAGGCAGCCGGAUCGAGCUAGGAGAUGUGACACCAUACAAUAUUAAACAGUUGAAGAGAUUAAACCAAGUCAUCUUUCCAGUCAGCUACAAUGACAAAUUCUACAAGGAUGUACUGGAGGUUGGCGAGCUGGCGAAACUUGCCUAUUUCAGUGAUAUUGCAGUAGGUGCGGUAUGCUGUAGGGUGGAUCAUUCACAGAAUCAGAAGAGACUUUACAUCAUGACACUAGGAUGUCUGGCACCUUACCGAAGGCUAGGAAUAGGAACUAAAAUGUUAAAUCAUGUCUUAAACAUCUGUGAAAAAGAUGGCACUUUUGACAACAUCUAUCUGCAUGUCCAGAUCAGCAAUGAGUCAGCAAUUGACUUCUACAGGAAGUUUGGCUUUGAGAUUAUUGAGACAAAGAAGAACUAUUAUAAGAGAAUAGAGCCUGCAGAUGCUCAUGUGUUGCAGAAAAACCUCAAAGUCCCUUCUGGCCAGAAUGCAGAUGUGCAUAAAACAGACAACUGA